GGUUGAGCCGAUUUGAGUGGAGCUGAGACGCAGCCGGAGCGGCUCUCCUCCUCCCCUUGAUGGAUUAUUCAACAAGUGGUUGAAGGAGUGAGGCAGGCAGGCAGGGAAGCGGCGGAGGAGGAAACCUGGACAUAUUAUAAAAUAAACUGUUCACCGUAAUUCACCGCGUUUAGGGAGUCCGUGUAGAUCUGAGGGAAGGAGAAGGGUGGCCCACAGUGAGCGCGUGAGCGGGGCGCAGGUGAGCGGUACCGAGCAGGUGCAGUGAGGAGAUCAGCGCCUAACGGAUAACUUCACUCCAGCCUGAGCCUCGAGCUGUUUCACCACACGGACAGAAUGGACCGGGGCGCGCGGGGGUUUCUUCAGGCUGCGGCCGAGCGGUACCGGGCUAGCUGUGUGUUUACUGUUAUCAGACCUGUGUUUAUAUACUGAGGAGGUUGGUUUAUUUAAAAAAAACCAGAUGAUUAGUGACUCCGUAACCGUGUAGACUGACUCACUGACUAACUGACACACCGACCGUUAGUUAGUUAUGUCCGUGCUGCUGGCGUCGUCUUUAGCUUCUAGCUAACUAACAAAUUAAUUAAUUAACCUGUCGACAUGUUAACCUAGCGCAGUUCCGUACCUGAGGAGGCCCCACUGUUAAAUAAGGAGAUGUUCAUACGUCAAACUUUAAGACGCCACACGUUAAACUCAGUAAAUAAGCUAGGUUAGCUUAGCUACGUGAGUAUUAGGGCGUCCCGACGAGUUUGAACUAAUCUUAAUGGUGUGGGAACUGUGCUCUUCUCGGGGGUGUUGAGCAGCUAUCAGUAUGGUAGCGGAGCGGACUCUUCUCGCCGCCCGGCAGGGCGACAUUCAGACUCUGAAGGUGCAGCUGGCGGAGAAAGUUCUGGGCAGGGAUGUGAAGGACAUGCUCGGAGCCACCCCGGUGCACCACGCCGCCCGGGCCGGGAAACUAACGUGUCUCCGGUUCCUUGUGGAGGAAGCGGGGCUGCCGGCGGACAGCGUGGCCAACAACGGGGCUACCCCGGCUCACGACGCCGCGGCCACGGGGAACCUGGCCUGCCUUCAGUGGCUCCUGACGCAAGGAGGCUGCCGAGCUUCGGAUAAAGACAGCUCAGGAGCCACCGUCCUCCACCUGGCUUCCCGCUUCAGUCAUCAUGAGAUCACUGAUUGGUUACUCAAGAGUGGGGAGGGAAAUCCCAGCAUUGCCACAGAUACGGGAGCCCUGCCUGUUCACUACGCUGCUGCUAAAGGGGACUUGCCCUCGCUCAGACUACUACUGGGACACAGCCCACAUGUUGUCAAUUUCCAAACCAAGAAUGGUGCCACACCUCUAUACCUUGCAUGUCAGGAGGGCCACCUGGAGGUCGUCCAAUACCUGGUGAAGGACUGCGGGGCAGAGCCAAGUAUUAGAGCCAAUGAUGGGAUGACACCUCUGCAUGCUGCUGCCCAGAUGGGACAUAAUACUGUCAUUGUUUGGCUGAUGAGCUUCACAGACAUCAGCUUGUCAGACAGGGACAACGAUGGUGCCACUGCCAUGCACUUUGCCGCCAGCCGUGGCCAUGCCAAGGUCCUCAGCUGGCUCCUCCUCCAUGGUGGGGAGAUUAUAACGGAUGGCUGGGGCGGGACCCCCCUCCAUGAUGCAGCUGAGAAUGGAGAGCUGGAGUGCUGUCAGAUUCUGGUGGUGAACGGGGUGGACCUAGGCAUUCGAGACCAGGAUGGCUUCACUGCAGCAGACCUAGCUGAAUACAACGGUCAUCCGCAGUGUGCCAAGUACCUCCGCACAGUUGAAAACAUGAGGGCUGUUUGCAACAUUUUGAGUGUGGAACACCGCGUCUUGUCGAGAGAUCCCUCACAUGAUUUGGAGUAUAAACAGCCUGACUCAGGCCUCUCCUCUCCGAAUGCCACUCUCAACCCAGCGGGGCCGCCUGUUGCCCACUUUGACAUGGGCUCUCCUUCAAGUUCACUGUCUAACUAUGACUCGGCCAACUCCAGUCAGUCCAGCACGGGGGAGAAGAAGAGUUCCCCACCGUCACGAGUUCCAGCAGGCCAAGAGUCCACCAUCAGUGACAUGGAGACAUACAUGGAGAUGCUGAAUCCUGAUGUGACUGGUGGUGGGGUGCAAACGAAAGAGGAUCCAGCACGGCUUCCACCUCCUCCCACUUUCCCUCCACCUCCACCUCCGCCUCCCCCAAGCUCCAUCCCACCACCUCCACCAACGUACCCCGCACCACAGCCGCCCGAGGAGCAGGGGUCAGUGGAGUUUCUGAAAGUGAAGAGCAACCUUCGUCACGUGGACAAUGACCCAGUGAAAAAAAGAGAGGUGACAACAAGGGAAAACCCAGAGAGAUUGCGGCGGGUGGACUCCAAUAGAAAGUCGCGAAGCUUCAGUAAGCAGCCCAGCACUGGGGACUAUUACAAGACCCUGGGUAACGAUACUACGGACCAGCGCCCCUGCAGAACCAUGGCACCCAGCGAGGAGCAGGGUUCUGUGCUAUUGGAAGAGCCGACAGAUCCCACUCCCGCUGCAGAGAACGGAACAGGAACCACAGAGGAGCUGCCCAUACCUCCUCCUCCACCUCCUCUACCCAGCAGCAACGCAAACCCCACCCCAACCCCACCACCUCCACCUCCUCUUCCCGCUGAGAUCCCCACACCUCCCCAGAGCACCGCGGCUGCUUCAGGAGCCUCCAGCCAGCGCCGCCUCUCGUCCUCCUCAAGCAGAGGGGAUCUCUCCUCCACCUCUGUUGCUCCUGCUCCAGAGUCACUCCGGCAGAGGAAGAGCACUAAAUCCUUCAACAUGAUGUCCCCCACUGGAGAUAACUCAGAGCUUCUGGCUGAAAUUAAAGCUGGGAAGAGCCUGAAGCCCACGCCUCACAGUAAAGGCUACACAACCGUCUUCUCCAACAGUAGCGGUGGAGGGAACAAUGGAGAUCAGCCCAUGUCGCCACCACCUCAAAAUCAGUCCCCACCUCCACCGCAGCCUCAAUCCCAACCUCAACCUCAGUCCCCGCCCCAGUCUAAUGCAGUCCAAUCAACAAAACCCUCUUCUCCGCCACCUGCCUCUCCACCUAUGUCCGGGUCUCCCACGGCCCGCGGCGGUUCCCCUCGGAACCUGUCCUCAUCGCAGAGCUGUGACCAGCUGUCCGCCGUCGUCAAUGGCAACGGCGCAUCGGGCCAGCGCAAGUCCAGCCUGGUGGACAUAGAGGCCCUGGUGCCCACCCAUGACGAGCAGGGCAGAGCCAUCCCUGAGUGGAAGAGACAGGUGAUGGUGAGGAAGUUGCAAGUAAAGAUGCAGGAGGAAGAAGAAAGCAAGAAAAAGGCUGAGGAGGAGGCUGCCCGCCUUGCUUCAAUGCCUGCCUGGAGAAGAGACAUCAUGAAGAAGAAACUGGAUGAAGAGAAGACUGGCAGGGAGCACAAAAGAAAAGAGGAGGAACGCCAGCGGAUCGAGAAGGAGAACGAAGAGAAGAUGGAGCUGGAGCGACUACGGACUCUUGGUUACGACGAGACCAAGCUAGCGCCGUGGCAGCGGCAGAUCAUUCUAAAAAAAGGCGACAUAGCGAAACAGUAGAGCCGGUCACGCCCACAGCCGCCCCUAUUCUGUUUCACACAUCGCCCUCUGCUCCCGCCUCCUGUUGGACAUAACCUACAAACCUCCAGCUCCAUUACAUGUACACACAAGAGCUCAUAAAGUGGAUAGCUUUGAGAUGGCUUAGUAGAGUUCAGGGUAAAUAAUGGAUUCGUAAUACUUUUAAAUAAGAAAUCUGUUUGAUUUUACAAAGGCCAAAAGCCUGUGAUCUAUAGCGGCCCUGUGUACAUCUAUAGAUAACUAUUUUUUUUAAGGAAAAACAUCCACAGCAUCCCAGCGAUGAUACAUCAACAUAUCAUUUCAAAAGAUCUAAUGCAUGCUUAGCAAACGCUUCUAGCCAUGCAUGCUUAUACAGACUGAGGUUUUCCCACAUUUCUUAUUUUUUCAAAUCUUUUAAAGUAUUUUCAGAGAUAGUAAUAUAUAUUUAGAGAUAUUAUCCUACACACAUAUUUUUAACCAGCCGUAACCAUCAUUAGGACAAUUUCAUGAAAGUUUAAAUUAAAUAACAGGGCUUUAGUAUUAAGUGCUUGGACCCCAGUGAUAGCUAAAGAGAUAUUUGAUAUGAAACUGCAUAUUAACUGCAAUGAUUUCGUACAAAAAAAAUUAAGAGUUUUACUUACUAUGUUGAAAUUAAGAAAAAUAUAGGCAAUAAUUUUCAUAUUACAUCCUGACUUCUAUUAAUGUACAUUAAUUAUGAAUUACACAAUGUUCAUCCUUUUUCUUUUCCAGUCCAGGAAUUCCAGGUGCUUAGUUAAUUAAUGAGUGUAGUUAUAAUGUAGAGAAACAAGCCAAGGCCAAUGUUCUUAAGAAUAGAAUUAUUAUUUAAUAUAUACAUUUUUUUUCUUCUUUUAUCCUUAAUGACAACAUGAAAUUGUUUAUUCAGUCAUGCAGUCGAUGGUCUUAUUACACUAAGUGACCAUUGCCCAGAACACUAGAACAACAGGAGAGUUCUGUUAUGAAUGAUGUUAUAUAUUUUUAAAUCAAGAAUUAAAUACGUUUAUACCAAGUUGACAAGUAUAAAAAGUGAACUUUAGUACAACAUCAGUUUUACACACAUGUAAAAAAAAUAACUGUGGUUGUUUGUUUAACCCCACAGUCAGGUCCUAUUGUUACCGUAUUGGAUAUUAUAAAUCACGCAGAGAAAUGCUUUCAGUACCAUCAUGUGGCCAAAAAUAUGAAACAGAAUGAAAAUGAUGAUAAUCAUCAUGUUUUAGAACCUUUAUCACUUUUUAGCUUUCCUCCUAGUGGUGAACCGUAGCUACUACACUUAGGGUACCUGGACCUUGGAAAAGUGCCGGAUGUGUCUUCUGAAUGUGCGUGUGUAUAUAUGUGGUGUCCGUCCUGUGUCAUGAAAUGUGUGAUAGGUAAACUUGACAUAUUUUGAGUGUAUAUUUUUUGAAACUGUAAAAAAAAGAUAUCUGAAUAUUAUACAGCUGUAUGUGUAUUGCAUGGUCAUCGUUGAGUAAUCGUUUGGAAAAAUAUUCCACUUAAAUCCAUUUGAUGCCAUAUUAAAACCGAGAUAUAUGUGAACAUCAUUGCCAUUAGAAGAUUUUCUAUUCAUGUCUAAUGUAUAUAGUAAGCCUGAGUAACUCUUUAUUGCCCUUUUGUUGUUACAUUGUGCUCCAAUACAUUUUAUUUUCUUUCUCAGCCUUUGCUUGCAUUGGUUUAUCAAUGUACACCUUCCUUUUCAGACUGGCAGAUUGAAUAAAAACCGAAAUUACAGCA